GUGACGUGACCGGUUGACCAGCCAAGCCGACAGCAUGGUCAAGCACUCGCGCAACAGCACAGCUCGACAGUACCUCUCAAACCAUGAGCGGAACAUCAAGCACUAUGGCACUCAGACCGAAAGACUCGGCGCCGACUCGAUGCGCAACUUUGACGCCUGUGCGCUGUGUCUCCAACGAGCAAGAGAUCCACGAUCGUGCACACAGGGCCAUCUCUUCUGCCACGAAUGUAUCGUCAACUCGCUCCUGACCCAGAAGAAAGAGGCCAAACGACAACAGCUAGUCGUCCAACGAGUGCGAGAGCAAGAAGAGCAAGAACAAGCGGAAGCAAGAUCAAAGGCCAGAGCGAGAGUCUUGGCCGAAUUCGAACAAUCGCAGAGUACACGAGGGAUAGGCAAAUCUAGUUCUGCGACCUCAACGCCCGCCCCUAGUACUUCGACUAGUCUCGCGAUCGAGGCACCGCCGGCUGAUGAAAAGAGUACAAAGAGGAAAUUCAAGGUCGAGCAGGGAGACAUAGACCAACUACAGCGCGAAGCGGAGGAUCAGGCUCUUGCGCAGAUCGCAAUCGAACAGAAUAAUCGCAGAAAGGACAAGCUGCCGUCAUUCUGGCUCCCUUCUCUGACGCCUGCAGCCAAGCCGACACGAUUGCCUGAUGUACCUCAGCAGACAGUCUGUCAUUGUACCAAGCCGCCUCAUCCCCUCAGUCUGAAAGACCUGUUCGAAGUCAGGUUCACUGCUGCGAACGACAACGGCGAGACGUCAGGCAGUGCAACGACCGCCAGCGAGUCGUCUUUCAUCUGCGGACCAUGUCGACGGACGAUAACGCAAAAUACAAAAGUGUUUGCACACAGACCUUGCGGACAUGUGAUAUGCCAAACGUGCACUGUUACGCUCUCACGCCCAUCAGGCCAAUGCCCACAAUGCGACACGCCGUUGAUCAUCGAGUCCAAAUCAUCGAAAUCGAAGAAGAGUUCUGAAAAAGUGGAUCAGCCUUUGCCUGCGACCAUACUGGAGCUCUCUAGGGAAGGGACAGGAUAUGCAGCUGGCGGCGUAGCAGAAGCGAAGCGCUUCGAUCUGCCAUUUCAAGGCUAGCUGUGCAACCAGAGAAUGCAUAGAUUCAUGCUUGCAUAGAUGUCGAGUCAUUCAAUAUUGACCUCGAUCGAGUAAAUGCAAACGAUAGAGACACAAAUGA